AUGACGAAUGCUAUGUUUUCUUUCGGGGAGUUCAAUUUCUGUCGAGUUCAGGAUAAACUUAGCUCCACUGAUAAAGGUUCUCAUAUUAUAAUGGAAGAGGUGAAAAAAAUUGGGAAACAAGUUCAUUCUUAUGAAGCUGACAAUUGGGGGGACUCAGGCGGAUUUGGUUCCCUUGGUUCUGAUUAUGGAUUUUAUGGCAAUAAUCACUACUCCUCUGGGCUCCUUUUCCCCAAGUUUCAACAACAAGAAGAGCAGCAACCAUUGGUUUCAGACUAUGGAUUAUUUGAUGCCAUGCAGUUUGAUGCUCUCUUUCCACCAUUUCAAGCAUGCUUAGAGGAGAUUGGAAAGCUUGAAGAUAUCCCAACUUUGGUUCCACAUGUUGAACCCAAGAAAGGGAAGCGAGAUUUCUCCUCCUUAGCAGGGCUUGAUCUCUUGAACAACUACGGCAGCGGGUUUAAACGGUUGAAUGGGGAAAGGAUUUUUGAGUCUAGCAAUUACACAGCAUGCACAGAUCAGGUGGCAGGCAGGAAGUUAUCAACUGAAGAAAUCAUGAGGGUGGCAGGAGCAAGGUUCAUUCGUACUUCUUCCCAAGCGUCUGGUGUUGCUUCCAUGCUUAGCCAUCCUUAUGAAUUCUCCUUUUCUGGCCUUUCAGUUGAGGAGACUAGAGAUGUAGAGCUUGUUGAGUUCCUUCUUGCUUCUGCUGAGAAAGUAGGAUAUCAGCAGUAUGAGCGUGCAGGCAAAUUGCUUAAUCGAUGUGAUUUGUUGUCUUCCAGUACCGGGAAUUCAGUUGAACGAGUAGUUUACUAUUUUUCUGAAGCUCUUCGAGAGAAGAUUGAUCGCGAAACUGGAAGAGUCACACCAAAGGGUUUGGGGAACAAGCCUUCAUUUGAUGUUAAUGAGGCAAUGAAGAGACCAAAUGAGACCUCCCUUGCAUGUCAAAUCAAGAUUCCUUUCGGCCAAGUUGCACAAUUUGCUGGAAUUCAAGCCAUUGUGGAAAAUGUGGCUGAGGCUAAGAAGGUACAUGUAAUUGAUCUGGAAAUCAGGAAUGGGGUGCAAUGGACAGGUCUGAUGCAAGCCUUAGCAUCUCGUUCUGAUUGUCCAGUUGAGCUUCUCAAGAUAAGUGCUAUAGGAACGAGUUCCAGAAAAUUAAUUGAGGAAACAGGUAAGAGGUUGGAGAGUUUUGCCGAAAGCAUGAACUUACCCUUUUCUUUCAAGUUAGUGAUGGUACCAGACAUGCUAGAUCUCAAAGAAGAUAUGUUUGAGCUAGAUUCUGAAGAAACAGUUGCUGUCUAUUCUGAGUUCGCAAUGAGGAGCAUGGUUGCACAGCCAGAUCGACUGGAAUCUGCAAUGAGAGUAAUCAAAAACAUCCGUCCAUGUGUAACAGUGGUCACUGAAGUUGAGGGAAAUCACAACUCUCCAGUCUUUGUGACCCGUUUUAUUGAGGCCCUUUUCUUCUUUGGUGCAUACUUCGACUGCGUGGAAACUUGUAUGGAACGAAAUGAUCCAAACAGAAUGAUUUUAGAAUCACUGUACUUUGGGAAUGGAAUUAGAAACAUUGUGGCAGCUGAAGGAGAGGAAAGGAAGAUUCGAAAUGUGAAGAUUGACGUUUGGAGGGCAUUUUUUGCACGGUAUGGAAUGGAGGAAAUAGAUUUGAGCUCAUCAUCCUUGUAUCAAGUAGAGCUGGUGCUUAAGAAUUUUUCUUGUGGGAGUUCUUGCACAGUCAAUAUGGAUGGGAAAUGCCUUCUUGUUGGAUGGAAGGGCACACCUCUCCAGUCUCUUUCUCUUUGGAAAUUUCUUUGA